GCGCGUGCGCGAGGCGGCAGGGGCGGGCGCCGGGGUGCGGCCGGGUCGAGGGUCCGCCGCCGGCCGGGGAGCAGCGACUGCUGGCGGCGCGGGAGGAAUCAGGGAUGCUUUAACUGGAUUUAUCAUUCAUCCUGCAAUGUGCUUAAUGCACCUCUUCACAGAACCUCGUGCCCGAGCUACUGUCUUUUUCCGUUUUAACCACCAGUAAUGACUUAAGGACUUGCAAAAAUCUAUAAAAGGUAAAUGGCAGGACAGAAAGCGGUGUGAAAGCUUUGAAAGGCACUGAGAAGUCCAAUUCUUGUUACCUGUUGUAUGUGGAGAUUUUGUCUCUAAAGUUUUCCCCAAAAAUUCUUUUGAAGCUCACCAAAACCCCCCAAACAAACCCUAAACUGCUUUUCCUGCUCUUGCCCUGUUAAAUGAAAAUCUUGGUGCAACUGUUCUGGAAUAAUAUAUGCAGUCCUGCUGUCAGCUUUGGCUGGACUUUGUUUCUGGGUAAAGAAUGCAGACUAUAAAGUGCGUAGUUGUUGGAGAUGGCGCUGUGGGAAAAACUUGUCUUCUCAUCAGCUAUACCACCAAUGCUUUCCCAGAAGAGUAUAUCCCUACUGUCUUUGACAACUACAGUGCACAAAUGACUGUUGAUAGCAGGACAGUUAGCCUGAAUCUCUGGGACACUGCAGGCCAGGAGGAAUAUGACCGCCUGCGCACACUCUCGUAUCCUCAAACCAAUGUAUUUGUCAUCUGUUUCUCAAUUGGUAGCCCAUCUUCCUAUGCAAAUGUGAGGCACAAAUGGCACCCUGAAGUUUCUCACCACUGUCCAAAUGUUCCCAUUCUUUUAGUGGGCACGAAGAGAGACUUGAGAAAUGACCUGGAAACAGUUAAAAAGUUGAAAGAGCAAAGCUUGGCUCCCACUACCCCACAGCAGGGGACUUCGCUGGCUAAACAAAUUGGAGCAGUCAAAUAUUUGGAGUGCUCAGCGUUGAACCAGGAGGGUGUUCGGGAGGUGUUUGCUGAAGCUGUGCGUGCAGUUCUGUACCCUGUGACAAAGAAGAAUACAAGAAAAUGUGUCUUAUUGUAGUUACCUCGGGUGAUGGAUGUUCGAAGAUGAAUAUUGUCUAGAAUCUUGGAGGUCUCUUUAAUGAGUUAAAUUGAAGAUUUGCAUCUUGCACUAACAGCUCUAAGCAGAAACGGUUUAUGCAACGAAUAUUCUUGCAGUCUUACUGCUUCAGGGAAACUGAAACAGAACAGUUUUUUUUUGUUUGUUUGUUUUUUUUCCAACUGAGAGGUCAAAUAUCUACUUUAUCUCUAAAGUUCCAGUCUCCAGCUUCUCCAGGGAUCACUUGGCUUCUGUCCUUAUUUAGUGGAGGAAAAUAAAAGAAGGGACUUUUCUGAAGCCAGCCUUCUUUGCUAGAAUAGCCAUCAGUUACUAGAUUUGCUGAAAAGCACAAAUUCUGAUAACUUUGCUUUAAGCGUAGCUGCUGCUUUUCCCAUCCCUUAUUUACUGAUUGAAUUUGUUUUACAAACAGAAGUCUGGCUGUCCAGUUGUUUUACUUUGUCAAUUUAAAGCUUGAAAACAGUUUGUUUACAUGCAAAAAAGCCUGAAAUAUUACUAAGAAUCUCUUAGUGAACUGUGAUCAUUUAUAUGAAGAGUUAACAUAAGGCAUGUUUAAUGCAGUGAGCAAGUCCCAGGGAACACCUGCAAUGAUUUUAUUAAUAGAAGCAGGAGCUGAUUUCUCAUAAUGUAAGGAAUUUUGGAUAAUGAUGAAUCACUCAAAUGAGUGAUUUUCAUACUUUUGAACUGGAGAUGUGGAAGAGUAGUUCACAUGCAAGUCUCCCAUAAUCUUCUAAACUGAGUUUUUUGUUUCACUCUCCAAAGAGACUUUGCAUCCUGAGAAUAAUGUUAACAGUUACCUUGUUGGACUGACUGAGGUAGCUGGGAUGACACUUCCUCAAAAUGAGAUUUUUCAGUGUGAUGAAUCCCAGAGACUUGGUAACGAGCCUGUUUGCUCUUGAGGAAUUCAUUGCUUCUUAAUGUUCUUGGGGCCACCACCUGAGAUUUUUAUGGCAAAUUCCUUUGGUGUUUUUCUGGGCAAACACUGACUGAAAAUUUGGACGUUCUAUUUAUAGGAGCCAGGAACCUUCAUUUCUUUCUUCCUGGCAACCUACUCCUGGCUUCAGUUAAAUUUGUAAUGGUUAGCCAGUCACUGGAUAGGUUUACCUGGGCAGUUUUCUCCUCUCUACUAGGUGAUCAGUUAUUAUAAACUCUUUUAACUGAAGUUCUAUUUGCAUUUUUUAACUUUCUUUAGCAGCUCUAGCGAAUAGCAGCUGGCUUUUAUUUUCAGGAUGUGCACUGUCCUCUUUGUGUGAUUCCAGGACCAGCUGAGAAGUGAAUGCAUGAAACCUUCCUUAGACUUAACCGUACAGCUUGGUGAUAUGAAAGCAGUGUGCUUCAAAGAUACUUUGUGUGAAACCAAUGGUGCUGGACUGGGCUUUGUUGUCUGAAGUUGACAGUGCUGUCUUUGUCCAGAUGCAGCCUGAAUUGGUAAUUCAGAACUUGCUUUCUUGUGAUUCCCACACAUGCAAAACUGCACUGGUGUAUACCCUGGGCAGAAAAAAAGGUGCCCCAUGUUAGCAAGAGAACAGAAAAUACAUCAAAAAGGUUAUUAGGGAUCUUGUGUUAAUUUGACUUUCCUUUAUCUGAUACAGGCAAAAAUACCAGGUAGAUAGAACAUGUGUUUGUGCCGUAGUUGCCCUCUUUGAAGAGGACGUGCCUUUCUUCAGCUGGUGUAACUGAUACUGACCCUAACAGCAAUUUUUGUAUAUUUGAGGUGUGCUUGUACUGGUACUGCUUUAGCAAACUGCAUCCCAUAGAUUAUAAACUGCAGUUAAUGCAAGUACUGGUAUAUGUGGCUAGUGAAACAACACAGAGUUCCAAACAUUGCCUGAUCGCAGGCAACACCAAAACACCCGUUAUGCCUGAUGUUUGCAGAAGCCUAGAGACUUUGCAUAUUUUUCUUCACCAAGUGCCAUUGCCUGGAGUGUCUUUGCAUCUUUUGUGCUUGUGGAAGUGCUGUUCCAGAUGUGACUCCUGCCGCAGUGCCUGCAGGCCGUGAGGGUAUAAGACCAUUUCAGUGAGGUAACCUCUACUCACCACGUUCUGCCUUUGCUUUAGUAGUAGGCCUUUAGUGUGGGCUUGACUUGCAGACAGCAAUUAACUCUGUGCCUUGUAAUUCAAGAUUUUCUGUAAGUGAAUUUCAGUAACAGAGUAAAUGGUUUAUCAUGUUUAAAAUGUAUUUAUUUAAGCCAGUGCACAUGGUUUGGUGUUUUUAAUGCUGGUCAGGCCUAAAUCAACUGUCUAGUUGUCCUGGUGCAAGCCCAUAAUCUUUGCUUCAUUCAGAGAUGUACUUUAAAAAGUUUGUGAUAUGUUUGAACUGCUCUCAAAUAGACUUUUAAUUUCAACAGACCCCUCUUUUUUUUUUUUUUUCCCUUUUUCCCCAACAUAUAUUUGCAAUUUUGUACUGAAGCUACUACUGUUUUAAAAAUUUUUUACUUUUUUUACAUACUGAAAUCUUUUAGUUCUGCAUCUUUUGUGGUUAUUCCUAACUGGAUUACAAUAAUUUUGUGGAGAAGAAGAAAUCCUGUGAGCAAGUAUUAUUGCACAUGCAUGCCCUGUUUCUGUAGGCUUACAGAGCAGCCAUCCUGGUGUUAACUGGAAGAGAGUAUGGUGAGAUAAAAUUCAACUGUUCAACUUAUUUGAAUUGAUUACAUUAUGCUAGAAUACUUUAUCCCCAUCUAGAUUACUUAAUAAAUGGAUUGUGCAACAGUACUGAGGAGAAUAACUCGAUAGUGAUGAAAGCGAACUUUGAACAUCAUCAGAAACUUCUUACCGACUUUCACGUACCUCAUUAAUAGUCAUUUAGAUGCCUUUUAUUUCUGUCGCUUUCUGCCAGGAGCAGAAGUCCUGCUGGCUGACAACUGGUUUCCUCCAGCCUUUGCUUUUUGUGAGAAUGAGCUUCUGGAGCACACAGAUCCGAUGAGCUUUUCCAUUCAGUGGGCAUUCUCAGUUUGUGAUCUUCCUUCCUUUUCUUUUCCCUCCUACAAUUCUUGGUGUAUUUUGUUGUAAGAAGUCCAGUGCUUCAGUCUACAAUCCAUUCUGUUCCUCCCACAUUUUUUUUUCCUAUGGGCAGGCAACAAAUACAGACUUUCCACAAUCUCACAGCUGGAUUUUGUCUGUUUUCAGGAGGUCAGAAAACCUGGGUUAACUGUGUGGGUUUCACAGACUGUUCAAGAGUCCUCAGUUUGUUCCUGAAUAGAAAUGCAGUGUGUAUGUCUUAAUUCACAGAAGAGACUCUCUAUGAAGAGACUAAUUUUUAAUCUUCCAGUUUGUGAAUGAUUUCUGAAAUAUGUAACUUUUUAAAAAACAUAGCUGAAGGCAUCCAUGGGGAGCUGAGCAGUUCAGGAAUUCGGUGUCCAAAGGAUGUUACGAGGUGCGCUUAGAUGUAUAAGUGCUUUCUCCAGUUUACAGCUGUAGCUAUUUCUAUGAAAUUUAAACUAGAAGAGCCUCACUGUGCUUCGUCUCCCAAGUGCUAAACCUCACUCUGUAGAAACCUUGGUGCUGCUUGGACUGACCCUGAGAAGCGGAUGGAUCUCAUGGGGGUCCUGACCCCCCAUGUGGGCUGUGAGGAGUGCCCAUCACCUGUAGGAGCCCAAGACUCUUAAGUGUGGUACUGAUACAUACACUGGCAACUUGAUUUUAUACUAUAAAAGGAUUUGUAUGACAGCUAAUAGUUUUAAAGUUUUUUUUUUUAAAUUAUGCAGAAUUAAGUUGUAAUAAACCUUUCCUCGUCUCGCUGGCUCUCGUAUUAACGCACCCUGCUGUUUGUAACGCACCUGUUCUAGUUCUUUCCUGUGGAAAGCCGGACCCUGUUUCUUACACGCAAUAAACGAUUUUUCGGUGAA